UAGAAAGAUGGGCAGCGAAAGUGAGAAAGGGAGAGAUGCAAAAGAAGAAGAAGAGGAAGAUAUAGUUUGCUUAGAUGAAUCUUUCUUCAUCAACGAUGAUUAUCAGUUGACUACGUUUACUUUUGGGUCCAAUGUUCUUGAGCUCUACUGUCUCCAAUCAGCAUCAACUGAUUUUGAUUUAACAGGGCAGCUGGUUUGGCCUGGUGCUAUGCUUAUGAACGGUUAUCUCUCGGAAAAUGCUGAGAUUCUCCAGGGAUGUUCAGUUUUGGAGUUGGGAUCUGGCGUUGGUAUAACAGGAGUUCUCUGUAGCAAAUUCUGCCGUAAAGUUGUUCUUACUGACCAUAACGAUGAAAUACUGAAGAAAAACAUCGAUCUCCAUGAACAUUCAAGUGGCCCUGAAUUAGAGGCCGCAAAGCUAGAAUGGGGAAACAUUGAUCAUCUUGGUGAAAUUUUACAGAAACACAAUGAUGGCUUUGAUCUCAUUCUUGGAGCUGAUAUCUAUAUCCUUAUGUUCAUAUCUAGUGUGCCAUUGCUAUUUGACAGUGUUGAGCAGCUUCUGCAAAUCAGAGGACCUGGAAAUUGCAAGUUCAUACUAGCAUACGUAUCACGGGCUAGACAGAUGGAUUCAGCAAUCUUGAGAGAAGGCGCUGAGCACGGGAUGCUGAUGAAUGAAGUUCCCGGGACUCGGUGUACCGUGGGAAACUUGCAAGGUGUUAUAUUUGAGAUCACUCUUAAA